AAACAACACAACACAAAUAUCACUAAUUAAGUACCUCAAAUGGCUUCCGGUAGCCUCUUCCUCGGUGCAAUACUCUUGUUCUCUUUUGCCACAAUGGCGUUUUCCGACUCCCUAUCUCCAUACUUCUAUCACAAAGUGUGUCCUCAAGCUCUGCCAACCAUUCGUCGCAUCGUCUUCGAUGCUGUCAAACAAGAGCGCCGCAUGGGUGCCUCUUUAUUGCGUCUGCAUUUUCAUGAUUGUUUUGUUAACGGUUGUGACGCUUCAAUUCUAUUGGAUUCUACUUCCACCAUUGACAGCGAAAAGAAUGCUCUAGCUAAUGCCAAUUCUGCGCGAGGGUUUGAAGUCAUUGAUCGAAUCAAAUCAGCAGUUGAUCAAGCAUGUAAACGUCCCGUAGUCUCCUGUGCUGAUAUUUUAGCUGUUGCUGCUCGUGAUUCAGUUGUUGCGUUAGGAGGUCCAUCAUGGGCGGUGCAACUGGGGAGAAGAGACUCCACCACGGCCAGCAAAACUGCAGCAAACAAUGACAUUCCUUCACCAUUAAUGGACUUGCCUGCUCUCACAAAUUCUUUCUCAAAGCAAGGCCUCGAUGUUAAAGAUCUGGUGGCACUUUCCGGUGGCCAUACACUAGGGUUUGCCCAAUGCCGAACCUUCAGAAAUCGCAUUUAUAAUGAGACCAACAUCGAUAAAGCCUUCGCAGCAAAACGCCAAGCUACAUGUCCACGUGUUGGAGGCGACUCUAAUCUUGCUCCACUCGACCCAACUCCUGCGUAUUUUGACACCAAAUAUUUCAGUAACUUGGUGACCAAGAAAGGGCUUCUGCACUCGGAUCAAGCAUUGUUCAAUGGUGGUCAGACUGAUAGUCUUGUCAAGACUUACAGUGGAAAUAUUCGAGUUUUUGCUAAUGAUUUUGCUCAGUCUAUGAUUAAGAUGGGUAAUAUUAAGCCUUUGACUGGGAAAAAUGGCCAAAUUCGUGUGAAUUGUAGGAAGGUGAACUGAACUGAAGUGAAGUACGUACGUGGUUGAGUGUGGAAUUUAAAGUUGAUUUAUCUUCAACGGUUAAAAAGGAGCCUUAGUUGGGAUCGGAUAACGUACGUUUAAUUUGUGUCAUUGUACGUGUGUGAAAUGCAUUCCCUUAAUUUGUCUUUUCUUACGUUUAACUGUAUUCUGUUUGUUAUUGAGAAAUACUUUUUAUUUAUUUGAUUAUUUACUUCCA